ACAGCCACUGCCGCUGGCGCCGCUCCUCCUCCGUGUCAGUUGUUGGGCUGUAAUGGCGACUGGGCCGCCGCUGCCGAAGUGACUCCCGGGCAGGGGAGCGGGGCCACACCUGCGCCAGAGGGAACUGCAGAGAGCCGCAGCUCCGGCGGCGGCUCGCUGUGGGGGAGGGGAGGCAGCCUCUCCGCCUCUUCUUCCUUCUCUGCAGACCGGCGGGUCCCGGGAGCCGGUGCGGAGCGGGCACCCGGUAAAUUGGCAGGAUGAGGAGCAGCAAAUCAAAAGAGGUGCCUUUACCAAAUUCAAGGAACUUUCAAAACAAGGAGACUGUUCAAGACAUAACCACACCAUGGGAUGCACUUUCGCAGACCAAGGCUGCUCUGAGACACAUUGAAAACAAAUUAGAAGUAACUCCUACAAGUACAGCUGUGUUUGAUUCUGUCAUGGAUGCCAAGAAACCUUCUUCAAGUGCUACCCGAAAAAUAAGUAGAAAAGAUGGUAGAUACCUGGAUGAUUCUUGGAUUAAUGCAUCAACUUCCAAAUCUGCCAAAUCACGUAAAGAAAAAUCUCGUAGUCCUCUCAGAGCUACCACCCUAGAGAGUAAUGUAAAGAAGAAUAAUCGUGUGGAAUUUCGUGAACCUUUGGUUUCUUACAGGGAAAUCCAUGGCACACCAUCUAGCAUAAGUCCCAGCCACGUAGAGUCAAAGCCUGUAUAUUGUAUGGAUGUUGAUGAAGAAAAAGCCGAGAGUGGGAAUCCAUUGAUAUGCAAUCGAGAAGAACGGAAUAUACGUUGCUAUGAUUUUGAGAGCUCUCAAUCAUCUGUCAAUGACACAGUUGUUAGAUUUUUAAAUGAUCGACCAGCAAUUGAUGCAUUGCAAAAUUCUGAAUGUUUAAUUAAAAUGGCUGCUCCUAUGAGAACUGAAGAAGAAAAGCCCAACAGAACAAAAGGAAAUGAGAACAUUCUGAAGGCUUCUGUGAGUAACAUGGGUAACGACAUUGAUCCAAAAGUGUUACGGCUCACUGACUCUUCUCCAUCCUCUACUAGUACUUCAAAUUCCCAAAGAUUAGAUAUCUUAAAGAGGCGGCAACAUGAUGCAAAACUGGAAAAACUCAAGGAGCGGAUUAGAAAACAGUGGGAACACUCAGAGGAAACAAAUGGCCGGGGCCAGAACCUGGGUCAUCUUAAUCACCCAGUAAUGGUUGUUAAUGUUGAUAGCUCAGUGACAGCAAAAGUCAGGAAAGUGGCAGCAGCACCACCUGCUCCAAUGUAUAAAGGCUUCAAUCCUUCAGAGACCAAGAUUCGAACACCUGAUGGCAAAGUGUGGCAGGAGGCUGAGUUUCAAAACAUGAGUAGAGAAAUUUAUCGAGACCUAGCACUUCACUUUGCAGAUGAUGUCUCUGUGAAAGAAAAACCUGCUGAAAAAAAUAGAGAGAAAAAAGUGGUCAAACCUGUAAGAAAAGUCCAAAAGGUAGCACAUUUAUCAAGUCCAGAUUGUAAAACAGGUAGCAGUCAUUUGAUAAGUACAUCUUCUUGGCGAGAUGGACAAAAAUUAGUAAAGAAGAUUCUGGGACCUGCACCCAGGAUGGAGCAAAAAGAGCCAAGAACAGCAUCUAGUGACAGAAGUGGAAGAGAAAGAACUACUAAAUCUGGGUGUCAUAUUGGAAGAGCAGAAUCUGAUCCCAGGUUGGAUGUUUCACAUAGACAUCUUCCACGGAGCUCAGAACGUUCAAGAAGUAGAGCUCGAUCUGAAAGUAAUGUAAAGAAAUCAGCUACAUCUCUUCCGGAUAAUAAACAGGAGGAAAACACUGCCUUAAAUAAGGACUUUUUGCCGGAUGAAAUUCGCGGAAUUCUUGAUGACCUACAGCUAGAUUCUGCAGCUCAGGCUGCAAGGCAGGAGACAGGGGAGGUAGAGAAUCAGAAGUCAUCAGCACCAGUACAAGCCGCUAGGAGUCAUAGCCCAAUAAAAAGAAAACCUGACAAAAUAACAGCUAACGAAGAUCCCCCUGUUAUUUCCAAAAAGCGCCACUAUGACACAGAUGAGGUACGUCAGUACAUUGUUAGACAACAGGAGGAAAGAAAGAGGAAGCAAAACGAAGAGAAGAAGGCCCAAAAGGAGGCUACAGAGCAGAAGAAUAAACGAUUACAGGAACUCUACCGGAAACAGAAAGAAGCCUUUACUAAAGUAAAAAAUGUGCCCCCUGAACCAUCAGCUACUAGGCGACUGCAGGAGACUUACUCCAAAUUGCUACUAGAAAAGACCUUGCUUGAAGAGCCAACUCAUCAACAUGUUACGCAGGAAGCACAGAUCAGACCAGGGUAUCAGCCAUCUGGAGAAUCUGACAAAGAAAACAAAGUGCAGGAACGACCCCCUAGUGCAUCUUCCAGUAGUGACAUGUCUCUUUCAGAACCUCCACAGCCUCUUGCAAGAAGGGACUUGAUGGAACCUACAUGGAUACAACCUGAUAGAUUGAGCCCACGAGUCCACAAUCCUCAACCACAGUCUCAUGUUGGAACAGCUGGAAAUUUACUCUCCCAUCUCUUGAGUCUAGAGCAUGUAGGAAUUUUGCAUAAGGAUUUUGAAUCUCUUUUACCAACCAGGAAGAAUCAUAAUAUGGCUUCAGGACCAUUAACUUUUACACCUCAACCAUAUCUAACCUCACCAGCUGCUCAUCCAGGUGCCUUGCUAAAACCUAGUGCCAGCCAAUAUAAGAGUAAACUGGAUCGUAUUGAAGCCUUGAAAGCAACAGCUGCUUCUUUGUCCAGCAGGAUUGAAAGUGAAGCAAAGAAAUUAGCUGGGGCCAACAUUAAUUAUGGGUCAGUGUGGAAUUCUGAGUAUGACGUGCAGCAAACACCCCAAGAAAAUGGGCCUUGGACCAAGUCUAUAAGUCCACCUGUGAAAGAGGAUACUGAAGAUGUUUUCUCUGCCCGAAUUCAAAAGAUGCUGGGAACCUGUGUAUCUCAUGCUACUUUUGAUGAUGAUCUUCCUGGUGUAGGCAACCUUAGUGAAUUUAAAAAGCUUCCUGAGAUGAUAAGACCUCACAGUGCCAUAUCAAGCUUAAGAAUAAGAUCUCCUGCUCCCAAAUCAGAAGGACUGCUAGCACAGUUGUGUAAGAGACAGACUGAUUCUUCUGGCUCUGAUAUGCAAGUUUGUUCUAAAGACAAAGCCAAAAGGUCUCUUGGUUCUAGCACAGAUUCAGUCAGUGAAGGGCUUCUUCUUAGUGAGGGGAGUUUCUCUGAAGAAGAAGGAGGUCAAGAUGGACGACCUCCUUUGAAGGUAGUGGAAGUCUUAAAAGAAAAAGAAUUUUGUGCUGGAGAAAGAAAUACUUAUGAACCCAUUAAGGAGUUUCAGAAGGAAGCCGAAAAAUUUUUACCACUUUUUGGGCACAUAGGUGGUACGCAAAGCAAAGGACCAUGGGAAGAAUUGGCAAAGGGAAGUCCACAUAGUGUUAUUAAUAUUUUUACAAAAUCAUAUCAGCUAUAUGGAAAAGGGUUUGAAGACAGGUUGGAAAGAGGAACAUCACCAUCGCGGCCUGUGAAUGCCAUCACAACCCCUUUAAGCAGUGUUUCAUAUGAAGAUGAUUUUGUUUCCUCUUCAGGGAGUGGGGCGUUGACAGAAAAAAAAUCAGCUCUUGAACCUAAUUCUAGUGGUAGCAGUUUAGGCAUUCAAGAGGACCUGUCUAACAGAAAGUCUGCCUAUGAGCUUUCCUCUGUGGAUGUUACUUCCCAGCAUUCAUCGGGGGCCCACUCUGCUGCAUCGUCUCAUUCAUCUGCUUCUUCUAAAGGAAAGAAAGGAAAAAAGGAGAAAAUAGAAUGGCUAGAUUCACUCACUGGAAAUGUUCAGAAUUCACUUCUUGAUGAGGAAAAAGUACUCUCUAGUUCAGAACGUGGCUCUCAUCAGGGAAAGAAAUCUGGAACCAGUAACAGAGUUUCUGUUAAAGAUUAUGAGCAGACUCUUGACACCGAUAGCACUUUGGAGGAUCUUUCUGGGCAUUCUGUGAGUGUCUCGUCAGACAAGGGAAGAUCUCAGAAAACUCCAGCUUCUCCCCUUUCUCCAAGUUCUCAGAAAUUGUUGCAGUUUGACCUUCCAGGAACUUCGUUAGAAAGAUCUAAAUCGUCAGUAAUAAUUCCUUCAGCUACAACAGGAUUUAAGCCUAAUGCUGAUUUCACUGAUCUGCCUGCCAGCAGAACUACAGAUAUGACUUCAACUCCAGGUUCUAAACGCUUUUCUCCUGCUGGCCUCCAGCAUCGAAUGGCCGCCGAACUCAAUUACUUGAGUGCCAUUGAGGAGUCGGUGCGUCAGCUGUCAGAUGUAGAAAGAGUUAGGGGGAUUUCUCUUGCUCAGCAGGAGAGUGUGUCCCUGGCUCAGAUCAUAAAGGCACAACAGCAACGUCAUGAAAGAGACUUGGCCCUUUUCAAAUUAAAAGCUGAACAAGAGGCUCUGGAGUGUCAGAGACAAUUAGAAGAAACUCGAAACAAAGCAGCUCAGGUCCAUGCGGAAUCAUUACAGCAGGUUGUUAAAUCACAACGGGAAGUAACUGAAGUCCUGCAGGAAGCAACUUGUAAAAUAGCCACUCAGCAAACAGAGACUGCUCGCCUCACCACAGAUGCAGCACGCCAAAUCUGUGAAAUGGCAGAGUUGACUCGAACUCAUAUCUCAGAUGCCAUCACUGCUUCAGGAGCUCCCCUAGCAACACUAUAUGACCACCAGAGGCAACACACUUCAGUCUUCAUGAAACAACUGAGGACCAGAACUGAAACAGAUAGGAAAAGUCAGUCUGUUUCCUUCUCUCAGAGUAAAGAAGGGACUCUUGACUCCAAGCAUCAGAAGUAUUCCCCUUCAUAUGAUAGUUAUUCUGAAUCUUCAAGAUACAAAAAUCAUGACAGAAGUAGUGGUAGCAGCCGUCAAGAAAGUCCUUCAGUUCUAUCUAAGGAAAAUGAGAAGAAACUUCAUGGUGAAAAGCUGGAGAGUUCUAUUGACGAGCAAGUACAGACUGCUGCAGACGAUUCUCUACGAAGUGAUAGUGCACCAUCUCUUCCUGAUGAGAAAGAUUCAACUUCUAUUGCAACAGAAUAUUCUCUGAAAUUUGAUGAAUCCAUGACAGAAGAUGAAAUAGAAGAAAAAUCAUUUCGAUCUUUAUUACCUUCUGAGAGUCAUCGCCGAUUUAACAUGGAAAAGAAAAGAGGCCAUCAUGAUGACUCUGAUGAAGAAAUUUCCCCAGAAAAGUCUACACUGUCUUCUGCCAAGGAGUUGAGCAUGCCAUUCUCAGGAGGACAAGAUAGCUUUUCUAAAUUUACCAUGGAGAUGGUUCGACAGUAUAUGAAAGAGGAAGAAAUGAGAGCAGCUCACCAGUCUUCACUCUUGCGUCUCCGUGAAAAGGCCUUGAAGGAGAAAACAAAGGCUGAAUUAGCCUGGCUAGAGCAUCAGAAAAAGCAUCUACGAGACAAAGGAGAAGAUGAUAAAAUGCCCCCUCUCAGGAAGAAACAGCGGGGUUUGCUCUUAAGAUUGCAGCAAGAAAAGGCAGAAAUUAAACGUCUUCAAGAAGCAAAUAAAGCAGCUCGUAAGGAAAGACAAUUGAUUCUUAAACAGCAGGAGGAGAUAGAAAGGAUCCGACAGACAACCAUAAAACUACAGGAGAAGUUAAAGUCUGCAGGGGAGAAUAAAUUGGACUCUCAUAGUGAGGAUGAUACAAAGGAUAAUAAAGCAACUAGUCCUGGUCCAACUGAUUUGGAGACCCGCAGUCCUUCCCCCAUUUCAAUAUCCAGCAGUGAAACUAGCAGCAUUAUGCAAAAACUGAAGAAAAUGAGAAGCCGCAUGGAUGAAAAGUUUCUGACAAAGCGAGAACAAAAAUUAAUGCAACGGCGACAACAUGCAGAGGAGUUACUGGAGUGGAAACGACGUUUAGAUGCAGAGGAAGCAGAAAUUCGUCAAAUGGAAAAACAAGCUUUGGCUGCCUGGGAUAAAGAAUUAAUAAAAUCUAAAACUCCUAAGAAAGAACCGGAGAAACAGAGAACAGAACAAAAAGAAAUAGUGAGUGAAGAGGAAUCUCCCUUACCUUCCUACUCUCAUCUACACAGUGAAAGUUCUAUUCCAGAAGAGUUGGGCAGCCCUGCUGUUGAAUACAUACCAUCUGAGUCCAUAGUUCAGGAACAGCAGGGGAGUCCAGAUCAUAGUUUACUUACUGAAGAAAUGGUUUUUUCACAAGAACUAGAAUCUUCUACCUCUCCUAGUAAACAAUCACCUCCCAAAAGCUGCACACCUGUGUCAAAGCAGGAGUCUAGCAAAGGAAGUCAUAGGAGUGGAGGACAAUGUCGUCUACCUAUCAAAUCCCACCAGCACUGUCACAGUUGGUCAGAUGAGUCAUUAUCUAUGACACAGUCAGAAACUACAUCUGACCAGAGUGACAUCGAAGGUAGGAUAAGAGCCUUGAAGGAUGAGCUGAGGAAAAGAAAAUCAGUUGUGGACCAGUUGAAGAAGGAACAGAAAAAGAGACAGAAGGAAAGACUAAAAGCCCAAGAAGCUAGUCUGAUCAAACAGUUAGAGUCAUAUGACGAAUUCAUUAAGAAAACUGAAGCCGAACUUAACCGAGAUUUGGAAGCAUCACCAACAGCCAAGCCUCAAAUUAAAACGUUCUCCUCAGCUUCUGAAAAGCCCAAGAUCAAGCCCCUUCCACUACACAGAUCUGAAACGGCAAAAAAUUGGAAAUCACUAACAGAAUCAGAACGUUCUAGAGGAUCCCUAGAGUCUAUUGCUGAACAUGUUGAUGCUGCAUUGGCAGGUUCUGAGAGAUCAAUAUCAGAAAGAUCUUUGUCUGCGUAUACAAAGAGAGUGGAUGAAUUGGACAGUCAGACAGAAGAGCAUUUUCAGACUUCAUCUCCAAUUCUUAGACCAAGGAAAACCAGAGCAGAAUCUGGAGAUUAUCUAGAAAAUGUGCCUUCAUUACCUCUUCUCAAAGAAUAUAGUGUCCCAAAUAGAAUUCUGGAUAUGUCAGAUGCCAAGGUUGAAGAAUCCAGUCAAAAAUCAGAACUACAAGAAGUAGGAUAUACAAAAUUGGAAAAGAGUGUGAUUGAAGAUGCCUAUUCUAAACAAUCUAGAAAGUCUGAUGUCUUACUGAAACUGGAUCUGGAGCAGGGAGAUUCAUCCGAAAUUUUUUCAAAAAGUCUUUCUUUAGAUUCUGUAAAUGUUCAGAAAGACUUAGUUAGGUUAGCUAUUGAAACUCUUCAUAAAAAUGAGUUGAAAGAUAGACAGUCAAAUCAAGACAUGGAUCAUAGUCCAAACGUCAAAUCAGAAAAAGACAUUCAUGAACAAAAGAACAUAAAGGAAAGGGACUCUCUUCUGUCAGAUCAUCUUUUUCCUCCUAAAGAUAUAUCAUACUCUGAAGAUUUUGAAGUGUCUUCUCUCAAGAAAGAAAUUUCAGCUGAAUUGUACAAAGAUGACUUUGACAUGUCAUCUUUGUUGUCACUAAGGAAAGACUCUCAGUCUUGCAGAGAUAAGUCACAGGGAACAAGGAGCUUUAGAAGUAGAGCCACUAGCUUUGGUAGUGAUGAUGAAAUCAGUGAGUGCCUCAGUGAGAAAAGCUUUUCUGUUCAUAACAGUGUUCACUCUGAAAGGCUACUAGAACUCAAGUCCCCUACUGAGCUGAUGAAAAGUAAGGAGCGUAGUGACGUAGAGCAUGAACAGGGAAUUAUUGAAUCAUCCUCCCUGACUUCAGUUUCUAUUGCAGAUGAGUUGCUUGGUUUCCACAUUGGUGAUAGGGUAUUAAUUGGCAAUGUUCAACCAGGAACUCUUCGAUUCAAAGGUGUGACUAGUUUUGCUAAAGGAUUUUGGGCUGGAGUGGAGUUGGAUAAACCUGAAGGGAAUAACAAUGGAACAUAUGAUGGCAUUGUAUACUUUGUGUGCAAAGAGAAGCAUGGCAUUUUUGCUCCUCCUCAAAAAAUAUCUCACAUUCCAGAAAACUUUGAUGACUAUGUAGACAUAAAUGAAGACGAAGACUCUUAUUCAGAUGAGCGAUAUCAAUACUUUAAUCAAGAACAAAAAGAUGAAGAAGGACCCAAAUUUGAUAAAGAAAAGAAUGCAAUUGAAUAUUUUCAUGAGAAAUCUCCACCUAGUAUGCAUAAUAGAGAAACCUCAGUUGAUAGAAGCCUUAAAAUAGAAGCUGACAAUAUACAGGACAUUUCUGGCAUACUUGAAGCCCAUGUUCACCAGCAGUCUUCAGUGGAUUCACUGAUUUCUUCAAAGGAAAACAAAAACCUUGUUUCUGGUGCCACAGAAAAAGUUUCCAUUGCUUUAGAAGAUGAUACUUUAGAUAAUACGUUUUCUGAAGAAUUGAAGCAGCAACAGCAAUUUACAGAAAAGGAAGAGAACCUAUAUCCCGAAGUUUCAGUAAAACUUUCUACCCCACUUCUGGACCUUUUAACCAGAGAAAAGAACCAACUGGAAGCCCAACUGUGUGAGGAAAAGAAGUCAAAGCAACAAAUGGAAACUGUCACCUUACUAACAGACAAUUUACUAAAAGCCUUUGUAAAGGAUACAGUCAAUCAACUACAACAAAUCAAGAAAUCUAGGAAUGAAAAAAUCUGGCUUAGCAAUCAUGAGCUUCUUGAUGAUGAUAAAGAGAAAGUGCCAUCCCAAGACCUGUCCCAAAAUAUAGAGGAACAGUCACCAAGUGUUCUAGAUUGCUUCUUAAGGUCUGAAUUGGAAGACGAGAAAGAAGAGAUGUCCUCACCAGACAUGUGUCCCAGACCUGAGAGUCCAGUAUUUGGUGCCAGUGGGCAAGAAGAGCUUGCUAAGAGACUUGCAGAACUUGAAAUUAGCCGGGAGUUCCUGAGUGCACUAGGAGAUGAUCAAGACUGGUUUGAUGAAGACUUUGGUUUGAGCUCUUCCCACAAGAUCCAAAAAAAUAAGGCAGAAGAAACAAUUGUUCCUCUCAUGGCAGAACCUAAAAGAGUUCCCCAAAAGCCAUGUGAAACAUUAUUGGCAGUUCCGCAUACUGCAGAAGAAGUAGAAAUACUUGUACAUAAUGCAGCAGAAGAACUUUGGAAAUGGAAAGAAUUAGGUCAUGAUGUUCAUAGCAUCAGUAUCCCUACAAAACUAGUUGGCUGUGCCAGUAAAGGUCUAGAUAUAGAAAGCACUAGUAAGAGGGUUUACAAACAGGCGGUUUUUGAUUUAACAAAAGAGAUUUUUGAGGAAAUAUUUGCUGAGGAUCCCAACUUGAAUCAACCUGUCUGGAUGAAGCCAUGUAGAAUCAACUCUAGUUAUUUCCGACGUGUGAAAGAUCCGAACAAUCUUGAUGAAAUAAAGACCUUCUUAGCAACUGAAGUACUCAAGUUGUUUAGUCUUAAGAAGGAAACUAACCACAAAACAGAUUGGCAGAAAAUGAUGAAAUUUGGAAGAAAGAAACGAGACCGAGUAGACCAUAUCCUGGUACAGGAGCUCCACGAAGAGGAGGCCCAGUGGGUGAACUAUGAUGAGGAUGAGUUGUGUGUAAAGAUGCAGCUAGCUGAUGGGAUCUUUGAGACCUUGAUCAGAGAUACUAUUGAUGUUCUCAAUCAGAUCAGUGAAAAACAGGGGAGAAUGCUACUUGUGUGACAUCUUGCAAAUAAAUCGAACACUGAGUGCUAACAUGAGUCCUGGGCCUUUCUGCCUCCUGCUAAACACCCCAUCUCCAUCAUAGCAAGAGUGCUUCCGGACCUUCCUGUUCUGAAAGACUGCUGGUUUGGAGUGAGUGGGACAAAGCGGUGUAUCUGGUAUUGCAGCCUUUGUCUUUAGAGACUGUCCACCGGAUUAAUUGGUUAUUUUCAGUGGGCAGGGUUGACUCCUGAUACUGACACAGAGUAUAAUCCUACAUCUCUUGUUACAUCCCUACUGGGUCUCAGAUGAGGGCUGGAAACACCAGACUUACCUCUUAGCUUAGACCUAGGGUAUCACUUCCUGGAGUCUGAAGUCGGGAAGAAAGGUAAUAUAGAUGCAUCAUACCAUUUUUGAAGAGUAAUCCUGGUCAGUACCAUGAAAGUCAUAAAUGGACAUUAUCAUCUCCAAACAGUAUUAAACCUUUCACCACCUCUAAAUAGGCAAGUCUAAGAAUGUGGGCCUAUUUCACAUUCUGGAGCUCACGUAGUUUCUCUUUGGAAGACAUUUUCUCCAUCACUGCAGUUGAGCAGCACCAAGUGGAUGGACUAUCAACACAAGUCGAUGGUAGCCUUGCUUUCUGAGCACCAUCUAAAGAAUUUUAAACCUAUGGUUAUUUUUAGUUCUCUCGAAAUGGUGGACAUGAAAACAAAGAAAUGCCCCCACCGAAGAAUGGGCUCCAGGACUGAUGCAGGGCUGGUCUGCCACCCCUUGUUGUACCCCCGCACUUUUCUUACUCCUGAACCUCUACCAGCUGCUCCCAGAUCCCAGAUCCUCAGGACCACCUCAGGCAUCCAGGCAUGGCAGAAGUGGAAAUAAUUUGUUUUGGCCUUCAAACUUUCAACUCCCAUCUCUCCCCAAGAAGUCAGACGCUGUUACUUGAAUGAUUUAGGAAAUGAGUGUGUGCACCAAAGACAAAAAAAUUGUCCAUUGUUUGUGUGCUUGUUUUGUGCUACGGAACAUUUUUUAAUUUAUUUUAAGAUAAAUUAUUGAAAAUAUGUGUCCCUAUUCAGAAGUGAAAGAUUCUUCUUGUAAUAGUUAAAACUUUUGUCUUGAAGCUUCUGUGGUUCGUAGCCUUUGCACAGGACCCUAUGGUUUUAACAAACCCAUACACAUAUCGAAGAAGGCAGUUUAAUUCAGUGAAAAGAAGAUGAGCUUUUCCAAGAUCACCUGCAGUGGGAGAAAUGAUUUAAAGACAUUGUCAAGUUUGAUUCUGCCUCUCUUGCAGCAUAGCUUCUCACAACUAUUUACCUGAAUCUGGGGGGAAAAAAAAAAAAAAGACUCCUGCUGCUAUGUGAGAGCAUGCGUGGCGCUCUUCCAGGACAUCAUCAGUGCCCUGCCUUUUUGACUGGUUUCCCUUAAUCAGUCAUGUCCUUCAAGUAAUCCAGAAGAAUGUGGAUAUCUUAGGCGUGAAUGUAAAUGCCUUAAUAUUGAAGGUCCUGAUUAGAAGCAUGAUAUAAGACAUCCACUGGAUUCAUAUUACAAAUAUCCUGGAAUGUUAUAGCUUCAAAAUAAGUUAGAAAAAUACCCCAAAGACGGUAUAAUCUUUUAAGUGUGCAUGUUCGUUCAUUUCUGCAUCUUUCCUCCAAAUAUGCCUUUGCAGCUCAAAUGUUUCACUAUGCACACUUCCACUCCUCUUUGCUUUUGUCUUGUCAUUAUGAGAAACUUAUUAAAAUAAUCAUUGGAAUUUUGCAUUUUGCACAAGGACUGGUGUGAUAGCUCUUGAUCAAUAAGGAAAGCACUGAACUAUUGUGAUUGGGUCUCGGGAAAUGCUUGGCUUGAUGUAUCGCCAGCAUUUCUUGUAGGCUUUUGAUGUGGAGCUCUAGUCACGUAGCCAUAAUAAGCAAACUGACUGAGAGCAGCUAGGGUUUCUUGGGGUUAUUAACCAGUAGUGUGGAGAUACUAUUUUCAUAUGGCCAAGGAAAAGCAAAGGAAUUUUUUUCCAGUUUGUGUUAUUUGGAAGACAGAAAAUCAUCUACAUCAUUUGGUUGUUUGUAGGAUUACAUUGUCCUUAAAUACUAAAACUUUACAGCUGCUGUAAAUUUUUUAUAAACAAUAUGAAAAUAAUGCUAUAGGAAUAUAGGUUGUUUUUCUACAUCCUUAUUAUUUGAAUCUAAAUCAGUUUUUAACAACAAAGUUUAUCUUUACUCUUUAUGACAUGGUUCCAGGAAAGGAAAAAAAGGAAUUUAAGUCCAUGAAUCAGCAGUCUGGACUUAGAGUACUCUGGUAAGAGCGCUGCCAGGAACGUGGCUGUCACAGUUCUAACCUUCCCAGCCUUUGUUACUAUCUUGAGAAUCUUGGGUUCCAGAUGUGAGGCAGGAUUAGAUCAGUCUUACUUCUUACUAGAAAUGGUUAUCCGUCAUCUGGUAGCAGAAAACAAGGUAUCUAUAAUUAGCCGAAUUAACCAUUUGAACAUAAAGGAAAAUGGGUUUGUUGUUAGGAUUAGGGGUGAUAAAUGCGGAUACUUAGCCACUUGUUCCUUAUCGGGAUCUUUUUAAUCAAGCUCUGCCUCUUAACCAAGAAUCUAAAUAUUUCCCCUUUCUAAUCUUUGUUCCUUUUCCCCACACUCCCAUCCUCUUUCACUCUUUCUUCAUAACUCCUCUAAGAAAAAGAUCUUUGCAUCAGCAGUAAUAUCUUUUAGAAUAGCACUAUCAGAAUUUAGUAGUAAACCAACAUGUAGACUUCAGAUUUAUUUCUGAGUCCAAAAUAAUUUGUGCUAUCCAGGGUACAUAACUCUGGGUUAAUUAAGUACAGGGUAUAGAUUCCCUCUUCAGGUCUAAACAGGAAUUUUUACUCUAGGGAAAAGUGGGAAGAGCUCAAAAGUAGUUAACAAGGAAGGUAAUUUAUUUUUCUUUUAUUUAAAAGAAGAAAAUUCCUUCUAUGACUACAGGUCUCUGAGAAAUUAUCUUUCAAAAGAGAUUUCAUUGCUCAUAUGAGUGUUGUGGCCUAUUGAUAAAAACAAUUUUGUUCACUUUCUUGUCUUGAAAAAAAGUGGCCUUAGCUUUUUGCAAUACUUGAAUAAAGUGUGUACUCGCACAGCAUUAGAGACUCAUAACUUUUCUGCAAGAAGUUCAAACUCACAUCUUCUUUUACUACCUUAAGAAUACUAGUGAAUAAAACAUUAAUUCAAAGAGCAAAUGAUAGAAACUACAAUGAUGUUUAAUGCAAAUUGUAGGAAUUUACAUGUUUACAAAUCAUCUUAAAACUGGUUGUGCAGCAAUUCAAUAAAAUAUCUUUGUAUUAUAAAAAUGUGAAGAAAAAAAAUGUAAACUGAUGUAAAGGAGGUACUGUCAUUUUAAUUAACCUAUGUUUAAUAGCUUUUCCUUCCGGACUUUGCAAAGCCUUCUAGGUAAAUAUAUUGCAAAGCGUUCUCUGGGAGGCCCGGCCUCCGUGUGUGUACUGUAUUGUGCAGACAUGAAAAAAUGAAACCCGUUUACUGUGUAUGUGUAAAUAGCCUGGUCAUCAGGCCAUUUUCAGCCAAUAGUCACAUCCAGUGCAACUUUGCACAGAAGACUUAGGGUGUGGUUUGUAAGUAUGAUUUGUAAAAUAACUGGGAUGAAUUCCCAUGUAUACCUGUGUAAAUAGAUUUGUUAACUGAAAUGUACUUUAAGAAAAGAUAAAACCUGUAAAUAAACUGAUUUAUAAGUUAA